UGUAGUCAUGUUGAAGGUGAAGCAAUAUUCGAAGAUCCAAAUUCACUUAAUAAGGUUCCAUGCCCUUCUAUAUUUGAUCCCGCUGAGAAGUAUAUAUCUUUGAUAAUUCCUGCAUUCAACGAGGAGCACAGACUUCCAAGUGCACUUGAGGAAACUAUUAACUAUUUGCAACAGCGAGGAGAGCAAGAUAAGUCGUUCACUUAUGAGGUGAUAUUAGUGGAUGAUGGAAGUGUUGACGGGACCAAAAGAGUGGCAUUUGACUUUGUCAGAAAGUACAAGGUGGAAAAUGUUAGGGUUCUUCUUCUUGGAAGAAACUAUGGGAAGGGGGAAGCUAUUAGAAAAGGAAUGCUUCAUUCUCGUGGUGAAUUACUUCUUAUGCUGGAUGCAGAUGGAGCUACUAAAGUCAAAGACUUGGAGAAACUUGAAACUCAGAUUCUUACAGUUGCUGGAAAGGAGAUAGAUGUAAAUGCUUCUGGUGGUGGUGAUUCGAGUUUUAGAGUAUGUGAUGUUCCUGUUGCUGCGUUUGGUUCACGUGCUCAUCUUGAGGAUAAGGCUCUUGCUACGAGAAAAUGGUAUCGUAACUUUUUGAUGAAAGGAUUCCAUCUUGUUGUUCUUUUGGCUUCUGGUCCUGGUAUCCGUGAUACGCAGUGUGGUUUCAAGAUGUUCACCAGGGCUGCUGCACAGAAACUUUUCAGAAAUGUUAGGUUAAAAAGGUGGUGUUUUGAUGUAGAGCUUGUCUACUUGUGCAAGUGGUUUGGCAUUCCAAUGGUUGAGAUAUCUGUCACUUGGUCUGAGAUUCCAGGAUCAAAGGUGAACAUGUUGAGCAUACCCAACAUGCUUUGGGAACUUGUGCUCAUGUCCGUAGGUUAUAGGACGGGUAUGUGGAGAGUAACUGUCUAAGCUUAUUUGGUGUAUGGUGUACCUUGUUGGAUGAAACCUUCUGGUAUACGGCAAGACAUCCAAAGCCGCUUUAAACUUUCACAACAUGAGUUGCUUAGCGUGAUUGUCCUCAUCCAGUUCUAUCGAAUCCAGGCAAAGAGGCUAUACAGGCGAACACAGAAAGUUGGGUUGCCUUAUAGUUGCCAUUCAUUAAUGUAUAAACUGAAUGUGAAAAUCAUUUUGGAGGGGUCUGUACUACACUGCUUCUAU